GGAGAGCUCACAAUUGCUUUGUUUUGCUCAGUUUUUUGGUCUGUGGUUUGAUUGAUUAAAUUUUAGGGUUUUUGGGUAAAUUGCAAUGGAGGAGCGGUGUAAGAUUUACAUGAGGAGCUUCCCCAAUGGCAGAGCCUUGGGGGGUCACAUGAGGUCUUACGUCAUGAACCAUCCAAUUCCCCCGAAACCGGAAGAUGAAGACGAAGAAGCGAAUCGAGAACAAACCCAGCUGACCAUUGAUGAGCUGUGCGAUUUAGCUUCAGCUUCUUCUCCAUCGUCAUCAGACGAUGAAGAAGAACAUGAUGAUGAUAUGAUUUAUGGUUUGAGAGAGAAUCCAAAGAGAAGCAUAAAGCUAGUGGAUCCUGAGUUUUCUUUUGUCAUCCAUGCUGGCUCUAUGGUUCUUCAAGACAGAGAUAGUGAGACCGAGUCGUCCAAGAACCCAACUCGGAGACGAUGUAAAAGAACACGAAAAUCCUCCAUGAUGGCGCUUGAUCAUCAUCAAAAUCAUAUUCAGUAUCACCAUCAUCAAAAACUCGAAUCUUUCAAGAAAAUUAAGGUCAAGAACAAGGUGGUCAGCAGCAAGGCCGAUUCUUUCGAUCCUGAACCUGUAAGUUCAAUUUCUGAUGCUACCAAAGACGAAGAUGUCGCCUUCUGCCUCAUGAUGUUGUCGAGAGACAAAUGGAAAAAACAAGACCGCCACCACCACCAUGAACAAGAACAAGAAAAAGACGAUGAAGCGGAAAGAUCAACGGAGGACACGGAUGAUUCUGAGGAGCAUCUGAUCAACUUACCCAGAACCAGAACUGCUCGAGGGAAAAACAAAUGUGAAACGUGCAACAAAGUUUUUAAAUCUUAUCAGGCUCUUGGUGGUCACAGAGCAAGCCACAAGAAGAUUAAGGCUUUGAAUGCGAACCCCAUUUACAAGCCCGAAUUGGAGCAAGAAAAUUAUAAUGUGGCAGGAAAUUCUUCCUCGGGGGCUGAACGAAAAAUUCAUGAAUGCCCAGUUUGUUUUAGAGUUUUUUCCUCUGGUCAAGCGCUUGGCGGGCACAAAAGAUCUCAUGUGAUGAGUGGUUCUGCAGCAGAAGCAAGCAAUAGUAGUCCUCCAUUGAAGAGUUUAAGUAAGCUUAGUGAUAGUUUGAUAGAUCUUAAUCUUCCUGCUCCUUUUGACGAUGAUGACAUCAGCCAAAUCGAGCUCUCUGCAGUUUCUGAUUCAGAGUUUGUGAACCACGUUAGAAGAUGAAGUUGAAACUGGUUAUGUUGUCGUUCCAAACUUGUUAUGCCAAUUGGUUGUUUGUUAUAAUUCAUAGAAAUUGUUCUUUCAUAAUUCUAACAAUUUAUGAACUUCCCAGUUCAAAUAUUCACAUGUUUUUCUGGUUUUUUAUUUAUUUUUA